AUGGCCCGAAAGCCAAAUACCCCUUCUACAAGUGACUCUGAUUAUGUACCUUUGGAUCAAGAUCAGAGAGAAUCGGGCCAAGGCGAAAGUGAUGGUGACCAUUCUGAAGGAGAAAGGGGAGAUUCACCUCCACACACUCCAUCAACCGAGGUACCUGUAAAUGACUCCGUUCCAUCUCCUCCUCCAUCUCCAUCUCGCACUUCUGUUCCAAUCACCAUAGCACCGUGUCCACCUCCUAUUUCUACCAAACCUACAUCCAGUGCUCCACUACUGCCACCCAUUUUCUCUCAAGCCACAUCUACCACAAGCCACACGACCGAUCCACCGGUCCAUGUCAACGUAUCUGAUACGGGGGCACCUACCUUUGGAUCUGAAACCGAAUCUCCUGUUACUUCUCAACCUUUAUCACCAUCUCCUUCAACCGAAUCAGACAGAAUCCUUGGUGGUAAGGAUGUAGACUUUGAGUCCUACUAUUUCAGUCCUUACAGGGUCCAGGGCGAAGAAGACGAAGAUGCUCCUGUGACCAAGCGCCACCUCAAGGAUCUAAACGAAAAUCUUGAUAAGCUUCUUGCUGCUUCCUCCUCAUCAUCUUCGGUCUACUUUGAGGCUGCCAUUAAAGCCCUCGUGGAAACGCUAAUCAAAGAGCAUGAUGAGUCCUAA